UGGUGUGUUGCUGUCAAAAGCAUCCUGCUGGAGAAGAUGCCUAGCUAAAUAAGUUAUCGUAAAAUAAAGGCUAGGACUCAAUUCAGAUAUUGCUUUUCGAACAUUAUAUAGAUAUCCCCUGGAUGUAUUUUCACUAUCAUAUGUAACACACUCAAGAGGAUCCAUGUCUUUUCUUCGUUGGGUAUCUGAAAAAUUGAGUGUGGAGAGCCUGCGGGAUUUGGAGUUAUUUGGAGAGCAGGCUCAGGGACACUCUCACAGGAAAGCCCAUGAGGACAGUCAGGAGAGUCUGACCUCCCUCCCACAUCGGGACACCAUGGGCAGUUUCCUCCCUGACAGCAACUCGUACGAGCUCCUCACCAUUAUCGGUCGGGGCCUGGAUGACCUGAUGACAGUGAACCUGGCUCGAUACAGACCCACUGGCGAGCACGUAGCUAUCCGACGGAUUGACUUGGAGUUGUGCACUAAUGAUAUGGUCACCUACCUGCAGGGUGAACUACAUGUGUCAAAGUUGUUUCACCACCCUAGUAUUCUACCCUACAAGAGUGUCUUCAUAGCUGAAAAUGAGCUGUGGGUCAUCACCCCCUUCAUGGCUUAUGGCUCAGCCAGAGAUCUCAUUUGCACACAUUUUACCGAUGGUAUGGUUGAGCUGACCAUCGCAUACAUUUUGCUAGGCAUGCUCAAAGCUCUUGAAUACAUCCAUCACAUGGGAUACGUCCACCGGAGUGUGAAGGCCAGCCAUGUGUUGAUCUCAGCAGAUGGCCAGGUCUGCAUGUCAGGUCUGCGCAGCAUCUUCAGCCUGAUUCGUCACGGGCAGAGGGCCAAAGUGGUUCACGACUUCCCCCAGUACGGUGUCAAGGUGCUACCCUGGCUCAGCCCUGAGGUGCUGCAGCAGAACCUGCAGGGCUAUGACUCUCGGUCAGACAUCUACAGCCUCGGCAUCACAGCCUGUGAACUGGCAAACGGACAUGUGCCCUUCAAAGACAUGCCAGCUACGCAGAUGCUGCUGGAGAAGUUAAAUGGGACAGUGCCCUGUUUGCUGGAUACCACCACUGUUCCACCAGAGGAGCUAUCCAUGAAACCAUCUCGAUCCGGUGCUGACUCUGGGAUCUGCGAGGGCCCUGGAGCUGGAGGGGUGAGACACUCGAACGGCGAACCUUCCUCUUCAUCAGCAGGACACCCCUACAACCGGACGUUCUCCCCAGACUUUCACGCCUUUGUUGAGCUGUGCCUACAGCGAGACCCAGAAAAGAGACCAUCUGCCACCACUCUCAUAGGCCACCCCUUCUUCAAACAGAUCAAACUGCGGCCCUCGGAGGCAUUGCCUGAGUUGCUACGGCCCGUGUCCCCCAUCACCAGCUUUGAGACCUCCAAGCCGCAGGACUCUCCCUCUGGGCUGGCCAGUCUGGAGUCGGGUCUCAGCCAGCUGGAGGUCGAUGACUGGGAUUUCUGACUGUGAGCAACUUGGUGGAGAGACGCUCAUAGGAGCCUGACGGGAAUCUCUCUGAAGAGACAGGAUGACAUUUCCUUUUGUAAUGGCUCCCUUGUAAAUAGUACAAAUCUCAAACUAAAAGGAGUCAUUGUUCUCAGAGUUUAAAAGCCAGCAACCAUCUUGCCUGUUUUCUCUUACACCCUUUUUUCCUCCAGAUAUGGACAGACUCUGCACUGCACUGAUGGCCUUUCCACACACACACACCUCACAGAUUGUUCUUAUACAUAACAAGCUCCCUGCAGCCAAAAUCCAAAAAAUCUCUGUUCCUCAUGCUGUUGCUCAGGUGUCAGAGGAGGCUGUAUGGAUGUAGACGUAGACGAAAAGUAAAGAUUAUCAUGAAAUGGAUUAGUCAGAACCUGCUGCUAAUAUUCAGAGGGGACUCUCUACCUCUUGUUGGAACUUGCUCAGUUAGCCCUCCACACCAGAUGGAAGGUUUCAGCUUUGUUACAAGGGCCAACUAAAUUAGUAUGUACAUGCAUUUCUUAGCUCUCUAACCCUGUUACAGUGUAAACUACAUCUCAUGCUUUACACAUCACUUUUGUUGAGCACAGAUUAAGUAUAACAUCUGUUAACUACAGAGCAUAAAGGCAUGUAUUACCUUGAUCUUACUCUGGGCAGAAUGUUACUUAUGUCAUAAGUGAAUGUUACAUUGGUGCUUGUUGUGUCUGCAUGUAUUUGAAAGUGAGAACAAAGCAAAGUGUUGCAAAUGUCAAGUUUGACUU